UUUCUUACUCCUCAAAAAAUUUGAAUUCCAAACGGGCGCUUUCUUUCUCUCACUAGUUUUUAUCUCUCUCCUCCAUAACCAUUCAACUUGGGAGCGAACCCUAAAAUAUUCAAAAAUCUACAUCAAAACUCAUUUUUGAUUUCCAUGGAAGAAGAAUAUCACUGAGAAUUCUUUCCGAGUAUGGCAGCGAUCGAGAAGCUUUUCGUGGAGAUUUUCGAGCGAAAGAAGCGAAUAAUCGAAAAUUUGAAGCACCAGAAACAAAUCUACGAUCAAAAUCUUCUAUCAAAGCUCAUAAUUCAAGGAAUUUCUCCUCCUCCUUGGCUUCUUAACUCUGAUUUUCAAGCUUCUACUUCAAAUCUCACUGAGGUUAACAAGGCAGAGCUUAUUUCGGGGUUGUGGCUUCCAAGACCUGGACCAUUAGUCUCUUAUCCUAGUGGUCCUUGCUUUUUAUAUGAUAAACCAAUUAUAACAGCAGCCAACAGUAGCAUACCUGAUGAACUUUGUGCAGUAAAUUGUACGUCUACCAAUGGUAACGAUGAAGAUGGGCAUGUUGCUAGGCUGUUGUGUCAUGUGGAUGGCGCCGAAGACACCAUUGGCAUUGCCCCUCCCUCUCAUGUUGAUGGCUUUGUGGAUACAUCUAGUUAUGUUCCUAUGUCACCUGAAGAGCGGACUGGUACAAGGCUCUCAGGUGUUUGUAAUAACAUUGAGCUGUCACUAGUAAGUAUACAAAGAUCCAAACCUCGUCAAAAGGCAUUGGAGCUCCGCAAUAGCGCAAAAACAAGUGGAAAAAGCCGUUUAGGGGUGGGUGAUGUUGGUUGUUCUUCUGGGAGAAAAACAUGUAGAUCUGUUGAACACCUUGAUGGUUUGAGAGAAUCUUGUGAAUUGGUUGAGCCUUUUGCUUUAGCUGUUGAAAUGUACACCGAUAAAGACAUAGCAAUUGGAAAUAACUUGGAGAAGGAAAGGAGUGCUGAUGCUUGUGGUGACUCUUUGCCGCAAUCUACAGGUAGUAAGAAAAAGGCAUUUCAAUCAGGAGAUAGUGAGAAGGAAAAAAACAGCAGCAUUGAUGGUGGAAGAGUUAGCGGAUAUAGAAUUUAUAGCCAACAACACAAUGAUAUUGAUCAUUUUGAAUUCUCAAGUGAAUCUCGAAAAUUGCUGCAGCCUUCUGGAUUGCAAACUGAAAUUUGCUCCAAUGAAGCAGCAGUAGUUGGGAAUUGUUCAGACAAGGAGAUUAGUACAUAUGCUUCUGUUGACAUGUUAGUGAAAUCUACAGGCAGUAAGGUAAAGGAAGUAAAACCUAAAAUUAGUGAAAUGGAAAGCCUUGAAGAACACGGGAUACUAAGAAGUGGGAAUACACGGCAGGGAGAAAGUGGCAAUCUUCAAAAUACAAGAUGUACAACUUACAGUAAUCAAUCUGAUAAUGAUGUUCAUUCCAUCGCCAACAGCAAGAGUUACAGUGGCAUUAUCACAAAAUCCAAUAUUGGGGUAGCAGAAGAAGCAGAAACAAAGAAUCAAGGAAGAAGGUCAGGGAAUGAUGUGUCUUAUAAACCCAUACAACUUGAUUUUGAUGAUGAAGUCGAUUUUGGAAAUAUUGCCAACUGCUUGUCAGGGACUAUUUUUCUAGAUACACCAGAAAAGAGAAUUGAAGCUAAUAAUAUUAAAAAUGCUAAUUCCCUUCCUUGUGCAUUCUCUACGGAAAGAAAUCCUAAAGAUGAUCCUCUAUCAUCAGCACGUGAAGCUCUGGAGGUUCCUGAUAGUGAAGGUGCUCAUGUUUCGUGUAAAAGAUCUGAAAAGACUUUGCUCUUGCCACACACUUCUUUGGAUUUUGGGGCUACUGAAAUUGGUCAGUUGAGUUCUGCCAAAAUUUCAGCUUCUUCACAGGUACCAGUGACGGAUUUUCCUUCUGUUGGGACAGGAGAUACUGUUCAAUCUGUUCAGUCAGUGGAGAAAAUGGAAGUGAGUAGCCCAUCAAAAUAUGCAGCCUUGCAAGCCUCCACCUUCUCUAGCCAUGGGAAGGAAGCUGGUGGUUCUAAGCUACACGAACUUGGAGUUGAACCAAACAUGCUUUCUGACUUUUAUUUUAGCCAUGCCAUGAAUGGAUCUUGGCCCUGUCAUAAGCGAAGGAAAAUUGAACAUAAGAAUGCCAACAUGUCUGCCGGCCCAAUCAUGAAGCUGAAUCCCUUCCAUGUUGAUUAUGAAAACAUUCCAAAUAGAACUGCUGGAUGUGAAAAGGAAGGAAUUCCUUCUAUGUCCCAGAAUUCGUCUAUUUCUAAUAUUUCAAAUGCAGCUUUAUCAACUUGUGGCAAGGAAACUGAUCGGAUUGUCAAUGUAUCUUCUAGCAAAGAACAUGUGUUGAGUCUUCAGGUGCAGUGUCCAGAGGAUGAAAUUAGCUUAGGGAGAAUUGUUUAUGGAAAUGAUGAAAUUGGCUUGGGGAGUAUCGUUAAGGCCGUUGCUUGUGAACCUCAAAAUUCAUCUAACGCUGAUAGUCCAAAUUUGAACCAAAGUGCAAUUGCCGAGCCAUUAGAUUCUUUGCCAGAGGAUGGAAAUGUGAAAACAAAUGCAACAAGUUGCAAUGGAAGGGAGUCUCAUAGUUCGGUGAAUGAUAAAGCUCUGGUUGAUGGUGGUAGUGUGAUAAAGUUGGUGGAUACUAAAUUGUGUGAUAGCUUGGUGGAUACUAAAUUGUGUGAUAGCUUGGUGGAUACUAAAUUGUGUGAUAGCUUGGUGGAUGACCAAGCUCUGAUGGAUGGAAGCAUUGUGGUAAAGUUGCCAGAUACUAAAUUGUCUGUUGAUCAACGAAAGUCUUCCCAGAAAGUGGAUGAAGUUAAAUUUUCCAUUGGUUCACCACUCAUGGAGUAUAUGAAUGUAGCUGAAGCCAAUCAAAUUAUGCCAGAGUUUGAAGGUUUUUUAAUUAACGAAAAGGCUGAUAAUUCAGAAAAUGCCAGUGUUGAGUUUGCCCAUGAAGGUACUCCUUUUAAGAGUAACAUAAUGGACAGGACUAGCUUGCCUGAGAAAUUUUGUUACACUACAACCUUAAGCACCCCUGUAUCUCCUUUUCUUCCCGCAUGCAAUUUGUACUUAGCACCAGGUUUAUACUCCUCAGUACCAAAUGAGCUUUUGGAGAACUAUGAUCGAGAAAGAAAUAUGCUUUCCAGUCCAGGUGCUUUUCUUAAGAAGUCUCAUUCUGAUUUAUUUUCAUUUCAUAUGAAGAAACCCUUCUUAUCACCAUUCGGGAAGGGUUUGGAAGGUAUCACAUCAAAAUCUGGUGGUUCUGGUAAGCUUGGUAACAGUAAUCCAGAGCUUACUUGCUUUCCAAUUUUGGAGGACCCUGAAAGCAGUGAAGAAGAUGCUGAUGAUGCCAGUGUUAAAACAACUGCUUCAACAUCAAUACAUAACUCUAAUAGGGAACCAGUUCAUGAUGUUUCUGUGCAAAAUAAAAGCUCUUUAGCUCCAGAUUGUGCUUAUGAGAAAGAGAUUUUAGAAUCUAUGAGCACGAAUGUCAAGAAAACCGAUUCAAUUUCAAGAAGCUGCAGCAAGAAGGAUACUCUUAUUGAUAUCAGUGAGAAGCAGAAUACCAGCAAGCAAAACGGCUUGGAUCAGCACAGAAGCAGGCUAACAACGUCAAGUGCCCAGAGGGGACCACUUAUUGAGAUUUCUGUGCAGAAUAAUGUUCUAGAUUGUGCAAUUGGGAGAGGUAGUAUGGAAUCUGUGAGCCAAGAUAUUAAGAGAGUUUAUUCAAGUACAAGAAACAGAAGCACUAAGGAACCACUCUAUGAUAUUAGUGAAAUGCAGAAUGAUGGUAAAAAGAGUGGCUUGGGUGAGCACAGAAGCAGGAUGACACGGUCGGGGAAGGUAAACAAUGGUUUUUCAGUGGGCACUAACAGCAGCAAAAAGCAUUCCAAUGCACCCAGUAGCCAGUUCCGAAAACCAAAAUUAUCAGGAAAAUCAAGCUUAAGAAGUAGAGGGCAAAGUUUGUCACAGAAAAAACAGAAGCACAAUAACAUUGUGUCCAAUAUAAAAUCAUUUGUUCCACUGGUUCAACAAAAACAAGCAGCUUCCGUCAUCUCAGAAAAGAGAGAUGUAAAAGUCAAGGCCCUCCAAGUUGCAGAGGCAGCUAAACAAGCAGCAGAAAAAAGAGAAAUGGAACGCAAGCAGAAGAAAGAAGCAAUGAAGCUCGAAAGAGCACGAAUUGAGCAAGAAAAUAUAAAAGAAAUGGAACUCAAGAAAAAAUUGAAAGAGGAAGAACGCAAGAAAAGAGAGGCUGAAAAUGCAGCUAAGAAAAGACAGAGAGAAGAAGAUGAAAGGAAGGAAAAGAAAAAAAGGCGUAUUGAAGGUGCACGGUUGCAGCACAAGCAAGCAGAGGAGAAACUUCAACUUUGGAGAGAGGAAACACGAUCUGUUGCAGUGGAUACACAGGCAUGUCAAGGAAAGCAGUCUGAUGAGAAAAUAGUGAAGAAAGUGGAUGAAGGAGAUGGUAGAGAGCCGCAAGUGAAUAAUCCAGUUGAUGACGGGAAUGAUGGAAAGGUAGGCAGCAUUGAUUUGGCCGAGAGCUCAACACCCAAUUGUGAUAAAAUUGACAAGCCAAUCAAUGAAACAAGUGUCCAAGAGACUUAUGAUAUAUCACCUUAUCAGUGCUCAGACGAUGAAGCAGAACAAGAAGAGGAUGAGAUACCAAAUACGAAGUUUGUCCCAAGCUGGGCAAGUAAAAGCGCAGUGAUGUUAGCUCUAUCAUCUUUGCAAGGCAUGGAUCCAGAUGUGGUGUUUCCUGCUGGAAGUUUUUGCAGCUUAGAGGAUGCUCUUUUGCCCAGAAGAUUACAGCAAAAAUGAUAGCACUUUUGUAUACCAGAAAGCCAUCAGUUGUUGGCAAACGGUGUGCAUUUGGCUGGAAAUGCAGUAGGUCUUUGAAAGAGCAGCUUUCCUGAUGAACGCCACUUUUCAACUUUGACAGCCAGAUGACAACUUCUCGCGCACAAAUUUGUUUAGAGACUCGGUCUAUAGAUGUAUAUAUAACAUAUGUUUGAUUCUUGACUGGUUAUAUUUGUAUUAACCCUUAGUAAUUAAGUAUGCUUAGCCUACGUUUAGGAUCCUAUUGCAGCCGAAGUCUUUCAGGAGUUUCCGUCUGAACAGCUGAAGAAACAUUUCAUCACGUUUUGGACAGCGAAAGGAAGCCAUUAACUCUAGCAACUGAGGUCAAGUUAGCGGCUCCUAGUUAUAUUAGAUCAGAGAAAAUUAUGUUGAAUUGAAGAUCGCCUCGAUGGAGUUGAUCGAAUAGUUCAUUUUGAAUUCAUUGAGUUGUUUCUCUUAGAACUAAAAUGUAUCUCUGAUUAGUUUUUUUUUUUUUUUUUUUGGAUUUUUUUUUGUAAAUUUGUACUCAAUACCGUAGUAUAUUGUAUUCUCCAGAUUGCAUUGCAAUAUUGUGGAUUGCGAUUGGUAACUUGUAAAUGCUGAUUUAGUUUUGAAAUUUGUUAUAGUUUUAGCCAUUUCAUGCUAAAAGAACUUUAUGUUGGUCUUUAGGUUUUUUCU